UGGCUAGCGUGCACACAAGCCUGUUCAGAGCAGCAGCUCGGGAGACUGGAGGCUCGGCUCUCUGCGCCUGGACGGCAGGGGCCACCGCUCCCCCUAAGCCCGAUCUCCCAUCCUGGCCUGACCCAGCUUGGCUCCAACCCUGCCCAUGCAGCCUGAGUGAGACCUUCGCCCCAGCUUUGGGCCUGAGAUGGCCAUGGGGCCUGGAGUGAGCCCCCCAGCAGAGCCCCCGGAGGGGACAGCCAGGACGCCCCCUUACAGAGCCCUCCUAGGUCUGCUCUGCCUCCUUCCUGCCCUGGCUCUGCUGGUGAGCCUGAAGGACGCGGCUGGCCCCAAAGCAAGAGAGACUCAGGAAGAUGUCAGCUUGCCUGGCCCCCUCAGCCUCAGUGGUCCCCAGGCUCCCCUAGAACACUCGUUGUCCCCUAAAACCCGCACAAAACGCUACACCAUCACCCCAUCCCGGCUUCACUGGGACCACUUCAACCUCACCUACAAGAUCUUGUCCUAUCCCCGAAACCUUAUCAACAGGAGUGAGACCCGGAGGGGUCUGGUCGCCGCCUUCCGAAUGUGGAGUGACGUGUCCCCAUUCACCUUCAGGGAGGUAGCUGCAGACCUGCCCAGUGACCUGAAGAUAGGUUUCUAUCCCAUCAACCACACGGACUGUCUGCGCUCACUGGUGCACAGAUGCUUCGACGGGACCACCGGUGAGUUGGCCCACGCCUUCUUCCCCCCCAACGGGGAGAUCCACUUUGACGACAGCGAAUACUGGAUUGUGGGCGAGACCCGCUUCAGCUGGAAAAAGGGCGUCUGGCUCACAGACCUGGUCCACAUUGCUGCCCAUGAGAUCGGCCACGCCCUCGGCCUCAUGCACUCCCUGAACCCUAACGCCUUGAUGCACAUCAAUGCCACCCUGACCGGGAAGAAAACCAUCUCCCAGGACGAGAUGUGGGGCAUCCACCGGCUCUACGGCUGCCAGGACAGGCUGUCUUUGUGUCCACCCUGGGCACGGAGGGGCUUCUGUGACACCCGCCAGAAGUUCAUGAAGAAGCUCUGUCCCCACAGCUGUGACUUCUGCUAUGAGUUCCCCUUCCCCACCCUGGCGGCUACCCCACCACCCCCCAGGACCAAAACCAAGCUGGUGGCUGAAGGCAGAAACGUCACCUUCCGCUGUGGCCAGAAGAUCGUUCACAAGAAAGGCAAAGUCUACUGGUACAAGGACCGGGAACUCUUGGAAUACUCGUACCCGGGUUACCUGGACCUGAACGACGGCCACAUGAGCAUCAUCGUCAAUGCUAUCAAUGAAGGCACCUACACGUGUGUCGUCAAGAAGAGAGAUCGAAUCCUCACCACCUAUUCCUGGCGCAUCCGGGUGAAUUACUGAUGGCUGGGGGCCAGACCUGCCCCUCCCUGUCCUAAAGGGGACCGAGUGUCCUGUGAGGGCCUUUGGGAUGGGGCAGGGGGAGGCAGAAGCCUUCCAGCCCCUGGGCCAGAGCCCCCUGUGGACCCUGUGCCAGUGUCUGGAGGGGUCUCCUCUGCCCUCCGCUUCCUUUCCCAGCGUGGGGGGCUGAGGAUUUGGAAUCCAGCUGAUAAAGCAUUUUACCUGUGUUCAGUUUCCUGCCUCCCCUUUCUGAGGCUGAGACGGGGAGAGCCUGGGCAGUCCCUGAGGCCCGUGUCUGCUGGGCAGACAUGCUGCAGGGCUAAGAUUGGGAAGAUGAGACAGCCGCAAACUACUGCAAUCCAGCAGGCCUUGGUGUUAGGGCGUGGGGGGUGAUGGAGGAGGGCUAGAGGCCGGGGAUCACUGUAGGGUCACCCACAGACUGCCUCCUGCUGCUGCUGCUGCUGGAAGCCAAGGGCCCCUGAAAGACAAAGCUCCAGGGUGAAGCUGCUUCAAUGUCUGGGAGGUCACGAUCCCUCACCCCACCCCCUCCCCCACCUCCUGUCCCUGGCUCCCCCAGCUGGGACACUAGGACACGCCUCAGCCUCAUCCCGGCCUUCGUGGGUGGGGAAGGUCAGCUCUCCCUUACGAGCAGCCCUCCCCCGACUUUCUCAACACAAGCUGGGAUUUUCCCCAUCGGGGGAGGGAGGGCCUUCCAGGGGAAGCCACUCCCCCAGCUCCGUCAGAGGUCAGCAGAUGCAAUGCCACGUGGAAGCCUUGGAGGGUGGGGGGCUCGAGGCCCUCCAGAGACUCCCAGCGCAUUCUUGGUGAGCGCUGGCACUGGCCAGAGACAUUCUCAUCAUAGCCGAGGCCUUAAGUGGGUUUUACUAAAAACAUCUGGCUUUUAUCAAGA